CCGUAAUGGCGUCGCAAGAGCGCCAAUUUUGUUGUCAACAACGACAACAAAUUUGUUUUGUGACAAGAAUAAGGCUGUGGUCAAUUUAUGUGGCUCAUUUUUGGAAGCAAAGUGACGAUGCUGGUGGACGAUGAAGAGCCUCUUUUAAACGUUUGGUUGACAGAAAUAUUGAAUUUAUUGAGUUGAGCCGAGGAAAAAGCUAUGUCUUUGAAAAGUAAGAAAUUUGAAAGAGGAGUGAUUGCUUCCGGAUCAGCCGAAAACUUGUCAGCGAAAAGACCAAGCUCAGCUAAGAGUAGCAGGCCAAGUUCUGCAGAUGCAAGUAAAUAUUCAGCGAGAUCAAAUGCAAGUUUGGUGAGUGUUGUUCGUGUACGUUUCUGCAAGAUCGGUUAAAUGAUUGUCAUCGGAGUAGUUGUUGGUUGGCGUUAGAAAACAUUGCCAUUGGGUGUUUGAUAUUGAACUUAUGUUGAAGUAGAUAAGUGGAGGCACUAACAGCUUAAAAAUCUAAGGAUGGCCUGUAUGACAGCGUUUGCCAAGACCUAACUGACAUGCUAUUUGUAAUGUCACAUAUCUUUGGUACUGUACAUUUUUCUUGCAAGUACCUAACCUAGACGUUGGUUCAACUUCUAAAUACCUGAGCUACCUAAAUACCUAUAUCCAACCGCAUUUAUAAGUGCAACAUCAUUACAAUGACUUUAUUCUCUAUAAACAGGAUUCUGAUAUGAGUGACUUUCUAUCAGUAACUGGAACAAGCAAAGUUCCCAAGAAAUCUAGUCACCAUAAAAGAAGUAAGUCAUAUUUUCUGUCUGUCUGAUUACAACCGUUUUCUAUAUGGUACUUAUGAAUUACACCACAAAUCACUUGCAACUCUGAAAAUGCUUUGCAUGCUUUACAUGUGCAUGACUUCAACUGACAUAUUUUUAUCAAUAAGAUCACUGAAUUAAAAAAAAAUUAAAAGGGAUUUUGACUAAGAGACUUCAAACUAACUGUUAUGGCCAUUGUGAGUUAUGAAAGUGCCACCCCAAUCACCAUUCUCUUUUGCCACAUUUUUUUUUUUGUGAACUUCAUGUAGAAAGUUGUAGAAUAUUGAGUAAGCUGUGAUCCAAUGAUAAUAUAAUCAAAUAUCCUAUUUAAUGAACUACUUAGGGCAGCAUCAGGGAAUAUUGGUCCUCUAUCUUUUUCAUUUAAACAGAGCAAAGUGUAGAGGGGAAUAUUUCCCAAUGCAGCCAUUGCUCUUGAACAAUAAGAUGUUGAUAUGUGCAGAAAUUGAAAUUAUGCUCUGUAAUUUAUGUAUUAAGGUGGCAGUGCAGGCAUUGUGAGGCCACAACACAAUGAGGUUCAUGUAUCUGGUAGCGACAGUGACAGCGCAAGGACUAGCAGUAGCUCAGGAGCAAGAAGGAAGAAUGUUAAUAAAAAGACCAUUCCCCCAGCAAGGUAAUCUUUUUAAAACAUGGUAAACCAAUUACAAAUCAAGCAAGCAUUACUUGUUGAACAGAAAAUUUUUCUGAUUGGUUUUAUGCUCUUUAGUACAACUUACAGCCUGGUGUGAUAGUGCAGUCUAAGUGAAAUUUCAUAAUCCAUGUUGGAAUGAAAUUCUAUUGUGCUUCUGCUUAGGUUUUCUGAGGAUCAUAUCCCACACAUCAUGUCUCAAGCUAAAGCUCGCACUAAACCUAAACUGGCCACAACAUUCCAGGUAAUUUUGUUCAAACAUGUGUAUGUGCUUCAGGUAAACACUCUUUAAAAUGAAGGUACCAGUAAAUGAUGUGUCACCAUCCCCUUCUGAGGUUCAGGCCCUAAUGAAGGGCUAUUGCUUGAACCUUCUGCUUUUGAAACUCUGGCCAAUUAACAUCAUACUGAGAAGAUUUGCAUGCUUCCAAGUUGUCUCUCACUUACUGUGGAUCACCUGACAGUAUAGAUAAAAUGCAUACUGAUGUUAGGGUGUAUUGCGUAUUAAUGAUGUUGAUAUCUGAGGUCACUGAUUUAAACAUGUUAUGUUUUUUUAUUAAGCGCCACAGCAAUGCUGCUAAAGCAAACCCUAAUGCUCUACCAGACAGACCUUCAGCAAUGGCGCAGCAUAGUGUUCAACCUGAUGAAGUUGAUGAAUGGUGGCUGUCAGCUUCUGAUCCUGCACCAGUCCCUCCACUGUUCCUGCAGUCUCCUACAGAAUUGGACAAGAAACAUAACUGGUGGCCUGGUGCAAGCAAGACAAGCAAUCACAUAGAUGAAGAUUUUCUUCAAAAUGAUAUCAACAAUAUGCGUCCUGGCAAUAAUGGUUUUGAUCAGAAUAACCUUGAUUUAGACAUUUUUGAAGGCAAGGCAAGAAUCAAGGUGGACAAAUCUAGAGAAGAUGUACCAAAAUUGUUUCUUGAUGAACUUUUAGAGGAUGAGGGUGAGAAAAAACAGCGGAAAGCUGCUGUGAACAUUCAACGUUGGUUCCGUGGAUGGAAAACCCGUAAGCAACUCAGAGGACAAAAUGCUGUAAGGCAACUCUUAAGUCAGAAGAAAACUGAGAAGGAGAAACAGAUGGUCAGUGACCAUGCAAAUGUACAGAUGGAGGUAAACGUGUUUAAUAACAUAGCUGGUAAAUUUGUAUAAUCAAAUUCAAUUGCGUGAGUGUGCUUGAUAUUCCUAUUGUGCAUGCUCAUGACAUCAGCAAACAAGUCCCUUGAGAAAAAAAUUUUUCCAUCAGGUUGAAAAUGUUUUAAAACAAUUGUUUCAUACGUCAUCUGUGUGUUCAUUGAGAUAUGAAGCACUUGGGAAGUUUGGAAAGCACUCAAGAAGCUAGAGUUGCUCUCGGCUAUGCCUUGAACAACUCUUACGCAUCUUUCGUGCUCUCCAAACUUCCCGUGUGCUUCAUAUCUUGAUGAAUGCACGCUGAGGUAUGAACCAAUUGUUAAGUGUUUCAGUAAAGAAAAGAUACAGGGCUCGAACUUAACUUUUUUGUCUACUAGCAAAGUUUUGCUAGUAAGAUUUUUUUUACUAGCAAAAGAAGGAACCUAACUAGCAACUUUUCAAUGCAGCCAUUUUCAGCAUUAAUUUUUUAAUCGAAAUUCUACUGGAAAAAUACUGGUACUCGCAAAUGUUUGCUAGAGGAUAUUUUUUAGACUUGCAACUUCAAAAAACCACUCGUAUUUUGCGAGUGCUAAUUUCGAGCCCUGAAGAUAUACCUAAUUUGAUGAUCAGCAACCUUGUUACAUUCUAAACUUUCCUUUGUAUCUCUUUACCAACUUAAGGAUCAGAAGGAAGAUGAAAAGAGGAAACGACGAGAAGAGAAAGCUAGAUUGGCAAGACAGGCUGCUAUAGAGGAACUACAAAAGAAGAGAGAGGAAAAACGGAAUGAAAAUCAAAGGAAGGCAGAGGAAGAACUGGUAUUGGAAGUGAUUUUUUAUUGCAACUGAGUGCAACUUGAAAUUUUUUGUUUGACACUCAAGUAGGGUUUCAGCCAUGCUGGAAGAUCUGAUGUUAUCAAGAGUGGCACUUAUCUGUCACUCUCUUUCAUUACAUGUGCUUGCUGCCAAGCUGUGCAAAGCUGAAGCAAACCUAACAAAUUAAACUAAUUUGAUAAUUGUAAAGCCUACUGUGGUGGUGAAAAAAGUAUUGUUUGAAGUAUUCUUUGUUAAAUAAAUCUUAAGUAUUCGGUGAUUACAUGUAACUUUGCUUUUGUUUUUUGACAGGUUUUUCUCCAAGCUAGUGGGAAAGUUGGCAAAAAGAAGUCAGCAAAUCUCAGUUCAGCAGUCAAAUCAAAACCCAAAGGGAAAAAGAGCACAGUGGUAGGUGCAUCCAAUAGUGCUGUGAAAAAUAACGAGCAAGGUAAUGCCAUUGAAAUAACAUCCAGACCUGGGACAGCCAGCAGUGUUGGAAGGAAAGUUGAUGAGUUAUUCCAGGUAUGUCCAGUGUUUUCCUUUUCAGGCAGUAACUGGUAACAUUUACUGCCUGUAGUACCUCUUAUUACCAUUUAAAAUUGCUUGGAAUUCUUGAAAAUUCAACAGGUAAAAGGACUGCUUUACCGGUUUGAAAAUUUAUUUUACCUGUCAUGCUUAAAAUAAGGGGGAACACUGUAUGUCACUCACAACUAUAAGGGGAAGUAUCUUCCAGGAAUGAUUUUGAAAUGGCAAGAUAUUAAAGUUAGCCAUGGUUUGAGAUAGCAGGGUUCAGCUGUAUUGUGCAUUCAUGUAAUUAUAUUUUGAUCAUAAACUGUAUAAGUUUGUGGAUUGAUAACUCAUGUUUUAUUUACUGCAGGAAUCUCGAGAAUCUCAAGUUAGCACAGCUGCUGCCACUUCAGAUGAGCUAGCAGCAGGACCCUUAUUCUCUGAUCGCACAGAUGACACAGAUAAGAUAAUAACCAGGUAUGUUAUGUAUUUAGUUGAUUAAUUAGUCUCAACGAUAUGAAAAAUCUCGUAUUUGUAACCUUGUCACUCCUAAGAUCCAGAAGAAAAUCUACUCAGCUGAUAAACAUGUAUUUUUUUAAGCCCUCAGGUUGGUGGUGAAAGCAAAACAACCUUUGAUGACCUCUUGGAGUCCCUCAAACAGCUGGAGGAGGAACCCACUGAUCUGCUUCCUGUAGAGCAGAACAGUGCACUUAAGUUUGGUGGCUGGGGUAAGAACUUGUUGGAAUGUUUUUUUAUUAUAAAUAUUUUUAUUUUGUGGAAUUUAUCAGUGCAGUAACUUGUACAGUUUUCUCCACAGUUUUAGCUCUUGACUAAACAUUAAAUUUAAGGUCUCAAUAUUGGAACAGCUUCAAAGGUUUUUUUCUUAUUCUUCUUGGCUGUGAAUUGUUAACUUUGACAUUUUGGAAUUGUUAUUUUUAGGACAAAACUUAGAAGAUGGUGAGGAAGACAAGGUAUGCUUACUUUUCAAGUUUUUAGUGAAAUAAAGGAAAAGUUUAAAUCAGGUCAAGUCAUGUAAUCUAGCCUGGAAGGCUGAUUUUCAAGCACUUUGGAAAAAAUCCUGGACAUUUCCCUAGAAUGUCUUGUUUUUUUACAGACCAAUGUGGGAAGAAGACAUUUACUUCUUAUUUCAUGUAAUUCAAGUAAUGGAGAAUAGUGCAUAAAUUUUCAAGUAGUUGGAUCAUGUUUGUCCAUUUGUUCUUUCUUCCCUCCACUGUAGGCUUACCUUUCUCAUGCUUCAUUGGGCCACUUCAACAAAGAUAAGCUUGAAAGGUAAUUGCUUGUAGAGAUGGAAUGAACUUGUAGGCUUUACAUUGUAAAGUUAUUGUUCUAUAUCGUAAGCCUGUUUCAUCAUUCUGUAUAUGACAUACACAGCAAUUGAUUGCGAUGCUAUGUUUUCAGCAAAAGUUUAGUAUAUUUUUUCUUCUCUUCUCAAUUGCAGUCAAGGACAGACAGGAAGUGCAUUGUCGGCUGAAAAACUACGGUACAGCUUUAUCUACUCAUGCACUCUUCAUUGACUCAUUUGAAAAUCCUUGUUGAAGGACUAAUGAGAAGGUUCAGACUUUCAUAUCCCUAUUAGUAAUCAGCCUGAUCAAGGACUAGAGAUUCUAUAAGAAGUGUGACAUGCUUGUUAACAUACAUCUUCCAUGUUGUGGCCUUGAAUACAACCUGUAGGGCAGGCUUGAUAGCAAACUUUGCCACUUAAUUGCUAGUCAUCUUGAAAUGUGAUAUGCAACUGUAUAGCAUUGACAUUAAAAUUUUUGCUGAUUGGUAGAAAGUACUCAAUAUGCAAAAAAAAAAAUAUGUAUAUAUAUAAACCCCUGAAGAGUGAAGCGAUUCACAAAACAGGCUUGUCGGGAAAAUGUAGUUGCGUCCUUUUUUCCUCUUAAAAUAUUUAUUCCGCUCUGCUUCAACAUAUUGAGCACUGUUCCACGCAAAAAUUGACUUGCAGACUCCCUAUAUAUAUAUAUAUAUAAAUAAUAAUAAUAAUAAUAAUAAUAAUAAUAGAAAAUAUGCCACAAUGUACUACCUUCAGCUAAAUGAAAAACUCAGGGUAGGAAUCAAGUAUUAUUUCAUAUUCAUGGUGUUCAGAAUAUCUGUCCCAAAUUCAUCUCCAUUGCAGCUCUCCCAUGUUGCCUUGAUGCAGGCAAAAAUUCAGAAAGAUAAGGUCUCUUUCCUUGUUAGUGUUCUGCUGCUUCAAGAAUAUGUUGCAAAUUAUUUCCUAGCAGAAAUUUCAGUCACCUUGAACUACAAAAAUUUGUUACCGUACAACAGGAGAAAUUGCUAAUCCACCGAAAAAAAAAGGACAUCCUACAAAAUGUCCUUGUUGUUUGAAAUCAGUGUUCAAGAUAUGACUUGUGUAACUUUGUCUUUUAGGAGUAUCUUGACAUUUUUGGAUGAGGUGGAAAAAGCAGAAGAUGAUGCCAUCAGUGAGAUAAGCCAGGUUGGUAAAUGAAUUCCAAGAGGUCGUCAGCAUUUUAAGUUACAACUCUAUUCCUGCUGGAAUCUUUAGACCUUAAAAUGAAACACUAACAAACGUGAGGGCAUGAAACUGUCUCAAAUUCAUCGUGUGAAUGUAUCAAGAUAGGGCUUGAUCCUCCGAUAAUUUACCACAUUUCAUACAAUCUUUUUACAAACACGAUGUCUUCCACAAUGCUGAUCUCACGUGUAAAGACACUUGUUACUCAUGAUGUCUCCUAAUUUCGAGUGUCUUGAAACUUGUUUCGAACGUCUCGAAAUUCGACUCGAACGUCUCUUAACUCGACUUGAGCCUCGAUCCCCAAGGUCGAGUUUUGAGUGACCGUCACUUGCUUUUGAGAGGUACUGUCUAAGGCAUAUAUAGUCACCAACACGUUCUCUAUAGUGCAAUGGUAGAGCAUCAGACCUUGAUCCGAAGGUCUGAUGUUCAAAUCUCGAAGAGGAACUUUGAUUUUGUCUCGGAGCCACGCUUGUUACCAACAACAACAAUUAAAUUUAGUUGUGGUGGUGCUGUACAAUAUUUUUCAGGUACGAGACGGUGCUAUUUCUCGUGGACUACCGUCAUCAAGUACCUCAGCUUCUGUGGCAGUUGACAGGGAGUAAGUACUUACAGUUAUCUAGUCAGUGUAAACAGUCGCCUCUCAAGCAGACUAUCCUUAACCUUUGACACCCUAACAUCUGCAUGGAUAUUCUUCAUACUGUUCUCUAUAUAUUCUCUAUAUAGACCAAGAAAACUUGACAAGAUAUGAUAGGGGAAGGGAUCUGGGGUUUCUAUAAAAGCCAAUGACUAGCGGUCUACCGCCGCCUGUAAAACCUCUCACCGCCGGCUGUUGAGCCUGCGAGCUAGCUCUCGCGGCCGCCUAUUACACCAUCGGCAGCCGCCCAUGAAAAAAGUUAUUGAACUCAUUGAAACCCCCAGGGGAUGUUGGCCGAAAUUUGGAUUUGGCCGAAAAGUGAUUCAAUACUCUUAGUCUCUCUUUCCUACGGGAGAAGUUGUGGCAACGCGAGGAGGAAGAAUUAUAAGAUCGCCUUUAGCUUUCUCCCUACAUUUGUCAUAUUUUGUGGUCUGAUAACCUGGAUAUAAUUUGUUUAUAAUUAACUUACGUUUCCUGUCUGGUCAUAAUCUUGACUUAGUAAAUACUCUUUCUUCGGUGCAGGAAGGAAGAAGCCGCGCUAGAAUCAGCCGCAGCAGCUGCUUCGGAUGUUACAACAGCUAUGAUGGCGGUAAAAAUAGAACUGGAGGAAAAGAAAAGGACUAAUGAUCUGCUGCAGAGAGCUUUGGUAGGAUAUGAUCUGGGAGAGAAUGGGAAAUGAUCUUCGAGAGGAUGGAAAAUGAUCUUGGGGGGAUGGGAUAUGAUUUGGAAGGGGAUGGGAAAUUAUCUUCGAAGGGACGGGAAGUGAUCUUCGACGGGAUGGAAAAUGAUCUUGUAGGGGAUGGGAUUUGAUUUGGGAGGGGAUGGGAAAUAAUCUCUGAGGGAAUGGGAAAUGAUCUUCGAGGGAAUGGGAAAUGAUUUUCGAGGAAAUGGGAAAUGAUCUUCCAGGGAAUAGAAUAUGGGAAAGAGUGGGGAAUAAUAAGGGAGGGGAUGGGAAGUGAAAAUGUCCUGGAAUUCAGCAAGAAUACGGUAGUCUGGGAGGGGUGGGAAGUAAUCUUUUGUUUGAAGAUGUGAUUUACCCUUCUCACGCUUUGUGUUAUGGUUUUUUAAUCGGUCGGAAAGAAAAUUCAAAUAUAUGCUCUUUUGAAUUUGUCAUUGUCUAUAAUUACUCUAUUGGUAAUGUAUUGGCUCUGACACUAGAACCAACAGCGUGAAUUCACCCUGAGGCAAGCGAAGGAGAUGGAAAAGGACGCUAAACAACGGCUGGCCAUACAACGUCAGGAGUACGAAGCAGCCAUACAGAGACAUUUGUCCUUCAUAGACCAGCUGAUUGAUGACAAAAAGGUGUUAGGGGAGAGGUGUGAGGAAGUAGUGAACAAACUGAAAAGUACUGACAAGAAAUACGGAGAUAAAGUAAAACAAAUGGAAGAAAAGUGAGUAUAACCCUUAAACUCCCAAGAUCUGAUUGUUAAUGCUCCCCUCUAGCUGCUACGCAUUUCCUUGUAAAUUAGUUCCAAGAAUUUGAUGUCAGAUCAAGGUCGCAACAUCUGCCUGAUUAGUUUGAGUAUUCUUAUUGCCUGUUUGCUUAAUAAUGUAGGGAUAUCUUAGGGAGAAGUUACAUGUUAAUCACUGCUGGGAGUCAAUGUCUUUAGGCGUAGCCUUCGGGGCAUUUUAUUUGUCUGUUAUAGAAAAUAUAUCUGGAAUGAAUUGAUGGCUUUCCUGAAAAUUCUCGAACUUCCUACAUUUGUAAUUCGUGUGUUGUUGUUCUCUGUCAUCCUAGAAGUCUCUUUGAUUGGUGAACGUUCUUCAUGAACUUUCUUGGUCAUGAAAUUUUCAAUGCUACUGAGAGAUUAGAGAGAAGUUCCUCGUUCUAUAUUCUUAAAGAACAGUAGUAAAAGUCUUUGUGGCCUCACUUUCGUUGAUGGCAUCAGGAACCAGUCGUAAUUUGAGAAAUAAUAUCUUAUAAGUGGAAAUAACAAGACUAUCUUUCCUUUUCAGUCAUCAAGUUGAAUUAAAGAAACAAAAGGAAGUUAUACUAGCGGCAGAAAAAUUACGACGAGAAAAAUGGAUUAAUGAGAAAACUCAACAAAUCAAGGUAAAGAAUCCUUAGUGACAUGGUCGUUUCGCUUCCAGUAAUUUUAAAAUGCUUAAAACGCCUUAUGCCUUGUGGGGAACGUGGUAAAUAUUUGGUUAGCGCCCUCGAGUCAGCAUCGAGAGGUCUGGGUUCGAGCCUUUACCUGGGUUGAGUUCUCGGGCGAGAUGCUCCAAUCACGUACUGCCACUCGUCAACAUGGAAUUUAAAUGGUUCAGAUACAAACAACUUUUUAGGAACACGCGAAAAAUGCCGAUAGCAUCUGCAAUUGACUAGCGUCCCUUCCAAGGGAGUGGAAAUUGCUUCCUCCUGUGGAAACCAAACUAGAUCCUUGUUGUGUGGGCCAUUUAGCUCGUGUGCAAUUUUAGCCUUACGCCUUGUAAACUUGGUUUGAAAUUUACAGGAAGUCACGGUCAAAGGACUGGAACCCGACAUUCAAAAACUGAUUGCCAAGCAUAAAGCGGAAGUGAAAAAGAUCAAGUCUACUCAUCAGGUGGGAACCUCAUUGGUAUCUGCUGAUCAUGGCGUAUUGCGAAUCUGGAAAUCUGAUUGGUUUUCUCUGAUAAACUGUGAUCGUUGGCGCCUCGAUUUCUAUCAGAAGCUCAGCCUUUUCUUGCUGCAAAAUAGAUAUAAUUGAAUACUUUCACGUGGCUCCCUCUCGUUGUCACCCAUAGUGUCCGCAAGGAUUAAUGACUGAUCAGUGAAAACAUGUUUUACAAUUGUGAAUUAUUCGAUGACAGGCGGAGCUGCUGGAAGCCGAUGAACGUGCAGGCAGAAGGUACAUUCAGCAAAUAGAAGAACUGAGAGAUCAGUUGGAAAGAGAGAAGGAAAAUGCCUGUGCUCGAGAGAGAGAACUCUCUCAACAAAGGUAAAUAUUCUUUCAGGUGUGAAUUUUCUUUUCAGUUAAAACAACUGCCAGUGCGGAAGAUAGUAGAUCGUCGUCGAUGGUUGGUAAACUUAAACGAGUUUUUGUUCUAGUAGUUCGGAGAUUUGUAUAAUUAAGUGUUCAUUUCCUUUGUUUUUGUAGGUAUGAAAAGCAGCUGGAGCAAGAGGAACAAGCUUAUCAACAACAGAGGCGGCGACUGUACGCUGAAGUACAGGAGGAGAAGGAAAGAGUAGCACUACAGGGUCAGAAACAACGACUGGAACUGGACGAGGCGCGAGCUGCCUUGGAGGUAAGUAAAGGUGUCCUGUGGAAUUGGAACCACAGCUAAACCAAUCAAACUAGGAGUAAGUCCAAUAGGACAAGUAAGACCGUCUAAUUUGGCCUACAUAAUCAUUAUUAUUAUUAAUAUUUUUCAAGUUUGUUGUUCGAAAUUCGUGUUGAUCUUCUCCACCUUUAGCCAUCUUUGUUUCAUCUUCAUUCAUCAUGGCCUCUUGAGUGUUUUUCUGUUUUACCGAACUAAAGGGGAAUUAGAUUAUGAGCUCGUGAUGACUCGAUAUGAAUCGUGCGCUCAAAAUUUAAGUGGUUUUGUUUAAAUCUACUCGUCACUCAAAACGUGACAAGUUAUGCUCAAGUUUUUCUUUAAGUCGUUUACAACCACUCACUAUUAGGUUUGUCACGUGACUUUCUAUCACGGAAUAGAUUACUAGUAGUGUCACCAAUUAAAUUGCAGCAUUUGUGUUGGAAUGUUAGUAGAUUUAUACUAAUAUUCUUGAAGUUGGGGUGUUAAACACGUCCGGAAAUACAGCCUCUCUAGCCUUAUAAACCACGAGCGUAAGGACAGAACUGUUUUCAGACUAUCCCAAUGUUUCAGCAAUCUUCGUUUCGUUUCGUUUUUGGUACUUAGCUGGUUUUUAUUUUUGUAGGAAUCUCACAAAAAGUCAAUCCUAGAGAUGCAAACUUCACACCAAAGAGCUAUUGAUGAUCAAGAAAGAAAACACCAGGUAAAGAAAUAUUCAAAUUACUGCCGGCCAAUUAUCUUUAGCAGGAUUAUGGUGGAUGGAUAUAUUGUUGCUCAAUUUAAUCUUUGGUUAAAUUCAACGUUCUUGCACACGGCCAUUCUCAGCCUAAUUAAGGACUCAGCAAAUAUAUAAACCGACAGAGCAAAUUGCGAGUAGAUUGAGCGUAUAUUUUUUUCUACGUAAGGGAUUACGACACUCCUCUGUUGCUACAUUUACGACAUCUAACCCGCUGAGACUUGUAGUGGCUUCAGUAGAGUUUUAUAGAUGUCUCACUCUGUGUAUUCAGACAUUUCUGUCUUUUUCUAUCUGUUAAAUACAAGUUAACUGAGGGAAUCAUUGAACCUAAGGUGGGUUUUGGUUUGCAUUGCAGUUGGAAAUGAAUGAGUUGAAAGAGAGACUUGAAAUUGAGAAGCAGGGCUGGAUUGAAAAUUACAUGAAGAAGCAGGUAGGGUACUUUAAAGACAGAACUCAAAUUUACUCUUUUGGUUUUGAGUAAUCGGUUAUAUCAUAGAGUUUCUGGAAACCUGACCUCUAAAGAAUAAAUCAAAGUAAUGUGGCCCUUCAUUUUCCCUCAGAAAUAUGCCGAAGGUAUCUACCUAGGCUGCCUGACUGUUCCUCUUUGUUUUUGUGCGUUUGUUUACAGGAUGCCAUGUUAAUGACUAAAGAGCGGGAGCUGAAAGAAGCUGUUCGGGAAGGACGCGAUAGAGUAAGUAAAGUCGAAGAUUUACGCUUUGCAGAAAUUUUUCUCGUUAUUUCAUCUCAGUGUUCUUGAGGGGAGGCUCAUGCGAAUUUAUUGAUGUUUACUUUCGCAUUUCGUUAUACUUCUUGUUGUAAGAGACUUUUUAAUAGCUUGCGGUUUUGUCUGAUAUUGUCUGUCUUUCUCUUCAUCUGUGUCCGCCUGUCUUUCUCUCUAUCUAUCUGCCUACCUUUAAGUCUUUCUGUCUGUCAUUCGCUCUGAAAAAGGGCUAACGCUCGAAAAGUCAGCUUUGAAACUCUCUACGGUGGCCAAUUUACGUUACCAACUCAGCUGAUAGUACUAACUUACCCUGUCUCUGUCUGUUUGUCUGCCUGCCUGCCUGCCUGUCUAUUUGCCUGUUUGUCUGCCUGUGUGUCUGUUUAUCUAUCUGCUUGUCUGUCUUCCGGUUUGUGUGUCUGUCUGUUUCUGUAUCUAUCUAUCUGUUUUCUGUCUCUCUUUUACGCAUAUUGUCUACCGUAGGAAAUUGAAAUGGUGAUUUCAAGAUUGGAAGAAGAGACAUCGUUGGCAAGAGAAGAAUGUGAGCGAGCCGCGGAGAACAGAAUCAAGUAAGUGCCUAGAAUUGACAUCUUCCUGACCUAAGCCUGAUUUCAUAUGAGGUUUAGUCAAAAAGGCAAAAAUGUAUACAGUCGUCGACGAUCGACGAGUGGAAAGUCCAUGUUGUAUUUCAAUGAAAUUAGAUUGGAAGUACUCUUAGAUUGGUUUGGUCUUUCAAUUACUGUCGUGAUGCUAGUCGUAAAUGUAGUUUAGAAUACAGAAUUUGUCAGUUUGCUUUUAAAAUUUUUAAACUUCGCGUAAAAUUAAAUCAACCAAUUAGACGCAAAACUAACUCGGGAAUACAGAAACAUUUUUGGUUAUGUGCCGUAAACAUAAAAAAGACCUUUUCUGAUCUAAGAAGCGCUAUCGAAAGUCUAAGAAAACACGAAAUCUAACGACGGCGUAUUUCUGGCUUUUAGGCGAGUGAGAGAUAAAUACGAAUCUGAACUGAAAGAACUAGAAGAAUCUGAACGGAAUAUGCAGGAAAAAUACAACAACAUGAAGGUAAGAAACAAACACGAAUUUGUAUCAGUUAGUUGGGGUCAAUCUGUCUUGCGCGUCCAGAAAACUCGCGUCACUCUUUCAACCAAUCAGAUGCAAAACUAAAACCAAUCACGAGUUGGUCACCCGCGUUUUCCCGCGCCUUGAGCAGUUUGGUUGGUUUUACUUUGAGUUCUGAUUGGCCGUGGUGAUUACUUUGGUUUUGGAUUUACGACACUCGAUCGAAAAGCCCUCUAGUUACGAUAAACCGUCAAUUAUCAUUUGCAGUUAUAUUUUGACUAGUUACCUCGGUUGUAUAAUGAUGAAAGAGUGAGAUUUUCAGUUUCAUUUGGCCCGUGUUUGAUUCCGCUUUGCGACCCUCUGUUUUAUUAGUAAAAACGCCUUCAUUUAUAAUGAAAAACCCUAAGGUGUUUCGAAAAUGUCAUCAGCUGUUCACGAAAGGGGAUUUGCCAAUUUUUUUCUUUUGACAUUCCAGUUAUUGUUCAACUUAUUUAAAUUCCCAAUCAUGGCACAAGUACUCGUUUGUUACAGGCUCGUUUAUCCGAAGUUGAAGGAGAAAAUGCGCGUUUGAAGAGCAUGUUGAAACAAAAAGAUGAAGAGGUAGAAGGAAUUGAUAAAGUGGCCAAACGGCUACAGGAAGAGAGAGGGAAGGUGGCCGACAUCAUUCGGCAGGAGUUCGCUGACAGGUUUGUACUAAUGAUAAUGAUAAUGAUAAUAAUGAUAAUAAUAAUAAUAAUAAUAAUAAUAAUAAUAAUGAUAAAUAAUAAAUAAUAAUAAUAAUAAUAAUAAUAAUAAUAAUAAUUAAUAAUUAAUACUACUAUUACUAAUAAUAAUGAUGAUGAUAAUAAUAAUAAUAAUAAUAAUAAUAAUAAUAAUAAUAAAGCACCCUCACGUGAAUUUAUCCCAAACCAAUUAAAUGCAAACAUUUAAAAGCCAGUCGCGAUCUGGUCACGCGCGUUUUCCCGCACUUGAAGCUGGGUGGAUUUAUUAAUUUGAGUUACCAUUUAUUCCUUCUGAUGUCCUUCAUUCAGAAUUGCCUUUGAAAAUAGCUUGGUUCCGGCGAGUUCAAGCAAAAUACGAUCUUUUCGAAUGCCUUUAUGCAAAGAGAUUCAGAAACUUUGAAUUUUUCACUUGUAAUCCAGAAAAACAUAUUUGUUAAGCUAUUUGCCAGAUGUUGAAUGCCUCUGCUUAAAGACGAGGGUCGGUGCGAAGCCUUUGAUUAUUAAUUGAAAAUUCCAUUUCAGUUAGCCUCGUUUUCAAAGGGAGAGUUUUGCAACUCGGAAAUGACGUUAUGUUGUUUCAGAUAUUCAAUUCUUUCCUGCAUAUUCCAGGCUUGUGACCACUGACGAAGACAACAAGCGUUUGAAAACAGAAGUGAGCGAAAUGAAGGCCCGUCACAGAUUAGAAAUAGAACGAGUUACACGGGAGAAAGAGCAAGAAAUGGAGGAAGUACACAAAAGGUUGGUUAAUUGCUUAAGACGCAAAGAUCGUGUGGUUGGUGGGUUAAACUCUGCUGGAAUCGGAAGGUCUGGGUUUGAGCAAGGGAGACCUGAGCUCUGAAAAAUAUUUUGAGGGGGGUGGGGCGGGGGAAGAGCGAUACUUACAGAGUGGUUGUAGUGAGAAAAUUGUGAUAAACGUCCGUGGCCAUGCUAGUCGGUUUGGUGUACAGUUUUGGUAAUUUGGAGGUUUCGCAAAGCUUUUGAAACGAUCUGAUCGACUAACGAGCUUCCAUAAAGCAUCCAUGACCGCAUCUCAUGCUGUACGAAUCCGUGGUCGUUAGAAAUAUUUCUUUUUGCAUUUUUCUUCCAUUUAAAUAUGAACAAUGCUGAGAUAUAUUUUUAUUCUUAGUUUUCAAUCCCCUUAUCGCCUGAGGUGUCCCUUGAUCGCCGGCAGAUAUUUUACAGGUUUUGAGUUUGUACGUGUCUAGUUCGUUAUUUUUUAUUGAAAAUUUUUAUCUGUUUUUCACCGCUAGAGUAAGGCAGGCCAUAGCUAAAAAAGAAGAAACUAUGAAGACAUUACGGGAACAGCACCAGGUGAGUGUUCUGAAGUCAGUUUUUCAUGAACCCAUGUUUUCAAUCUCGUCAUACGCAUCACAAGUUUGCUCCAAUCUGAGCAUGGCGGAAGCUGCUGUUUUCACCCGUCUGACACUCGUUUCUUUCUGUUUGCUAAUGAAAAGUUAAACUUUGACGGGAAAUUAGAUCAGUGAUAGCCUUUGACCAAUGAAAAUACUUUUCUAGAUCCAUGGUUUUUUUACACACAUUUUUUUUUCUUUUUGCACAGGCUGCCAUGAAACGAGCGGAACAUUUGGAAUUUUUACUCCAAGAACAAAGAAAGAAAUUGCUGUCUUGAGGCUAACCCUUAUCUCCCAAUAGUGCCAACGUUUUGCGACAUCGCCCAAUGUAUUACCGAGUUCUCCCGAAGACCGCGCGAUUAAAGUCGGUACGUGUCAACACAACCGAAUGUCAACCAAAGCUGGACACUUCUGCAUUGUUAAGUGCUCAAAUGGACGUUCAAAUCCCACAAUAAAGGGGAAUUCUAAUGGAUUAGGCACCAUUGGUAGAGUAACCUUUGCCCAAGAAUCUAUUUCUACUGCUCAGACCCAAAUGAAGAUUUUCGAUAUCUCUGUCAAUAGAGGAACCAGCAUAUAUGUAUUUAUGAUGUUACGUGCAUUUUGAAUCGACAGUAAUAAAUUUUUAAACUGGU